CAUUUGGACCGUCUUAUGAUGAACUGGUGCAAAGCAAUAGGCUUAUGUAUAACAAAACAGAAAGGGGAUAUUUUACAGUGAAAUAUACGUGAAGGUAUCAGCUAUACAUGGAGACAUGGAGAGACAUGAGUUUACUGCUGAGGCCUGUGUAGGCCCAUCUCUCUGGGACUCCAGCCAACAUGGUGGUACAUUGAUGAUUUAAGUCAGUUGGCAUUCACAGAGCAAAUCCAAAGCAGUUUCACUUUCCAUUCUUCAGCGACUGUCCUCGUGCUAUCAGGCAGGCAUUCCACUCACGAUGGCAGCAGCUAAACCAUCCUUGUUUUUGGAUCGCUACUCCUGCUUGUUGUGUCUGGAUGUCCUGAGUGAGCCGGUCAGCCUCCCAUGUGGACACAACUUCUGUAUGAUUUGCAUAAAUGACCACUGGGAUCAACUGGAUACAGAGGAGGCCUACAGAUGUCCUCAGUGUAGAAUGGAGUUUCCUUCACGGCUAAAACUUCAUAGAAAUGCCUUACUUUCAAACCUCCUAGAAAAAUUAGGAGAAGUGAUGGAUGAAGAUCGUUUGUUUCCAAAUUAUAUAAGCACAGAUUAUGCAACCUGUUUUAUCUUAACUUGUCAAAAACCGAGAGCAAGCAAGAGCUCCCUGAACUUUGAGGCCUUGUCCUGCAGGGUUGCGAUCCAAACGCACAAGACGUCUAAAGAUCUGAAGGAAAAUAAAUGGGAAGAAGGGAUUGGAGACCUCAGAGAGAAACUCUGCUGGAAACACCAGAAAGACCUGGAAAUGAUAUGUAGGACUGACAAGACCUGCGUCUGCUUACUGUGUGCUGCUAACGAACAUAAGAGCCAUGACACGGCAACACCUGAGGAGGAGACAGCUGCGAGACAGACACAGAACACGAAAUCAAAGAAGAAGAGGAGAAAGCAAAAUAGGUGGGGAUGGAGAAGAGCCACGACAAUGGAAGAGACUGCAGAGAGAAGUCAGGCUGAGUCCUCUCUCCUGUCCACACAUGACAGAAGGGCGGUAAGGGGUCCACGUUCUCCACAUCAUUCUUCGGAGGGAGCCUCCAAAGACGGAGACGGAGACAAACCCAACAUUAGUAUUCAAGAGGCCAUCAUUCCACCUGUCAUCCAGUGGAAUCUGAAAAUUAGAAAUGGGUUUAUAAAAUACUCCCGCCUGCUCACCAUGGACCCUAACACGGCACACAGACGACUUUCCCUGUCUGAUGGAAACACCAAAGUGACAUAUGAGGAGACUGAGAACCCGCAUCCUGAUCAUCUCGACAGGUUUGACUUCUGGGAACAAGUUCUGUGCCAAGAGGCUCUGAGCGAUACCUGCUGUUACUGGGAGGUCGAGUGGAGUGGAGACUGGAUUGAAAUUGGGGUGGCAUAUAAAGAAAUAGCAAGGAAAGGAGAGAGUCAAGAGUGUCUCCUCGGGAGCAACGAGAAGUCCUGGAGUAUGUCCUGCUCUGAUUCUGUCAAUUCCGCAUGUCACAAUAAAAUGAAAACUGAAAUCCGUGACCCUUGCAGUCACCGAAUCGGCGUGUAUCUGGACUAUCCUGCUGGCUCGCUGUCAUUUUAUAGCAUCUCAGACAGAAUGGUCCUCCUGCACAAGUUCAACACCUUCUUUACAGAGCCGCUCUAUCCGGGGUUUUAUAUCGGUGCAAACUCAAGUGUAACAAUCUGCCUGGCUGACCGCACCAUCACCCCAUAACGUGGGAUGUCUUCUGAGUCUUCUUCGUGAAGUUUGAGAUGCCAGGAGGGCAGGAAGGGUAGAGUGAGGUUCACAUCCAGAGAUAAGAAUUGAAAGUGAGUGCAGAUUGCGGCUUUAUCAGUAAUUUGUUCAUCCUGCUUUUUCCUGGUAUGAGCUGGCUUUCUUAUGCAGUAUAUUCUGUUCAUGCUUCCUGUGGCUUUUUUCUUUGGUAUAUUUUGUAUUCAUUGCAGCGUUUGUAUGCAAGACAAUCCAUUUCUAUCAUUAAUUCUUAGUUUUGGCAUUCAUUUCAAGUGAAGAAAUUCACGUUUCAUUUCCCCAUGGCACCAUUUUUUGUUUUUGCAAUGGUAGGAAGGUCUCGUUGUUGAAAAUUGCAGAGUCAAUCUAAACUUUCAACUGUAAGAGACAAUCUUAGAAAGUUAUAGUUCAUGCAAAAGUUGCAUAAGUGUCUGCUAAUUUCAAUAGGAUAUCAGUUUCUCAUAGUUACUUAAAUGAUGGUAUCAUUUUUAGUGUUAAUUAAGCCAGUUAGGAAAUUGUUUCUCUGCUAGAACUGUGGACUGUUAGAUUAACUUACAAACAGAACUUUGGCUGGAAGUUUUCUGAUCGUCUCCUGAUCCUUCUGCAACCUUUAAAGAACAUAGGAACAUGUGAAAGUGUGGCUAUAGAGAGAGAUGAAGCAAGAUAAGUAGUGUAAGUCUUAAACAGAACUUUCAUUUGCUUUUCUUUGUAAUAUCAUUUUUUUUCCUCUAUUUUCAUGUGAACUCUUUCCUUUGAAUUUUAAUAAAGCCUUUAAAAUGAAGAUAUUUGGAUUGUGGAAUCACUUGACCGUGCCUCACACUAUUGCCUGAAUUGUUCUAUGAAGUAAGCUAAAGCUGCAGAACCUUAUACAUUUUGGACAAACGCAGCUACGGUUAUGUUUGUAAUGCACAGUUCGGAUGGAGGGGGUGAAGGCCUCCAAAACGUCUAGAAAUGAGGCCUUCCCAAGGCAGUCUGACCCCA